AUGGAUUCUGUAAAUUGCCAAGUAGUUCACAGUGAUGAUCAAUUUCCGAGGCCUUGUCAAAGUCAUGAGGUAAAUCGUUUGGUUAAUAAGUUUUUAGCCUCAAUCGGUGCCCUUGAAAUUUUCACUGAAGAGAUGUGGAAAGCAGCUCUAACAGAGUUAACAGCAACUGCAUCUCUUGUGUUCACCUUGACAACAUCCAUUAUUGCAUGCUUGGACUCACAUGAGGUUGAUCCUAAGCUUCUUGUUCCCUUUGCAGUCUUCACCAUAGCUUUCUUAUUCCUAGUUGUGACAGUUCCUCUAUCAGGGGGCCAUAUGAGUCCUGUUUUCACAUUCAUUGCUGCUUUAAAGGGUGUUAUCACUCUUGAUCGUGCGCUCAUUUACAUAUUAGCACAAUGCAUUGGCUCAAUACUUGGUUUUUUAGUACUUAACUAUGUAAUGGAUCCAAAAUUAGCUGAUACAUAUUCAUUGGGAGGCUGUGCCAUUGGUGGCAAAGGAGAAAAUUCUGGUGUAAAGCCACAAAAUGCUUUGUUAUUGGAAUUCACUUGCACAUUUGUGGUACUAUUUGUAGGUGUCACAUUGGCAUUUGACAAGAAAAGGUCCAAGGAAUUGGGCUUGCCAAUGGUGUGCUUCGUGGUAGCAGGAGCCAUGGCAUUGGCAGUAUUUGUGUCCAUUACUGUAACUGGGCAGGCUGGUUAUGCAGGAGUGGGCCUGAACCCAGCAAGAUGCUUAGGCCCAGCAUUGUUUCGUGGAGGUUCACUUUGGAAUGGGCAUUGGAUUUUUUGGCUUGGGCCUUUCUUGGCUUGCAUAGUGUAUUUUGCUGUGUCACCAAAAGAGGGUCUGGUUUGGGAGGAUGAAGAAUAUGAUGUCCAAAAGUUGUCUAUUGGUCCUUCUGGGACUAUCCAUAACAGUACCGUUGCAAAUGAUCAAUCAGAACAUGGUAGUGCAAGGUUCCAAGCCCAAAUAUGA